UACGCACAUGCGUGCGAGUUGUGGGCGGAGUGUUGCAGUCGGUCAGGAAGAAGAGGCGAAAGGCGGACACAAAAUACCGAACGAUGGCAGCCAUCAGGAAGAAGUUGGUGAUAGUUGGUGAUGGAGCGUGUGGGAAGACAUGUCUGCUCAUUGUCUUCAGCAAGGACCAGUUCCCAGAGGUCUACGUCCCCACUGUGUUUGAGAACUAUGUGGCAGACAUUGAAGUGGAUGGGAAACAGGUGGAACUAGCACUUUGGGAUACAGCUGGACAGGAAGACUAUGACAGACUGAGGCCUCUCUCCUACCCUGACACUGACGUUAUCCUCAUGUGUUUCUCUGUAGACAGCCCUGACAGUUUAGAGAAUAUUCCAGAAAAGUGGACUCCUGAAGUGAAACACUUCUGUCCAAAUGUUCCCAUCAUCCUGGUGGGGAAUAAGAAAGAUCUGCGCAAUGAUGAGCACACCAGACGAGAGCUUGCCAAAAUGAAACAGGAACCAGUCAAACAAGAAGAUGGAAAAGAGAUGUCAAACCGCAUCAGUGCCUAUGGCUACCAGGAGUGUUCUGCCAAAACCAAAGAUGGUGUGAGAGAAGUGUUUGAGAUGGCAACAAGGGCAGCGCUGCAGGCCAAAAAACGUGGCAAGAAGUCCCCCUGCACUCUGUUAUAGGCUCCUGGAGGAGAAGCGGGAGCUGCCCUCAAGCACAUGGAGAGGGCAGAUUCCGACGAGAUUUGACCAACGGGAGAAUUUUGGGGAGGGCUCAGAAAAGUUUUGAGAAUACUCUAUUUCUCAUCAGCCAGUUAUCCUCCACAAAUUAAAGCAGGUCUAAAAUGAAUCGAUAGACUUCUACACAUGUCUUUUUCCUGUACAUUAGGUUAUGUGCCAUUUUGCUUGCAUCUUAUUAAAAACUUACUCUCAUUGGCUUGGCUCCUUCAGGCCCAUUUUCUGACUCAGGCACUAUGCAGGGUUUUGCCUAAAACUAGAUUGUACAAGAUCAUUUUCCAUAAUGAAUUACUUAAACUUAAAGGGAUAGGUCAGAUAUUAUGAAGUGUGGAUGAGUGAUCAUAUAAUAUCUUCACCCACUCAGUCGAAGUUGUUGAUCCACUGCUGCCUUCAUCAAUAACUUCAAAUGUGAUGUUUUUUUGAUUUUGGCUUCAGAAAUCCAUUGUUUGAAUCCUUUGUUUUGAUUUUACCUAUGUGAUACAAAUUAACUCAGUGAGGCAGCAGUAGACCAUCAGCUUAUGUGCCCCUGUGAGCUAAAAGUGCUGAUUUUCUCUAUGGAAUUGUUUUUCCUUGUGUCUCUGCUGGCAGCCGUGCUUCUUCAUACAGCCACACUUCAAAAAGCCUGAACUAUCGCUUUAAGUGUGUGUGUAUGUGUAUGUGUGUGUGUGUGCGUGCGUGUGCGUGUGCGUGUGCGUGCGUGUGCGUGCGUGCACAGCUCUAAGGUGGUUUGUUUUUUCCAUUGCAGGUCUGCAUGCAGUGAAUAUGUGUAUAUUAAUGCGAAUGUGUAGUAACAAACUGUUAUGUGUCUACGUACUGUAUCCAUGGAGAAUGUGUCACUGACCUACCCCCCCCCCGUCCAUGCCGAAGUUUCCCCUGAUGAGCAAAAUUUAUGGCUCAAGUGUAUAAUGGAAUUAACAGCUACUCAGUGAUAUAGAAACAUUCACUUUACUGGAAAAUGUUGUACUAUAGCUAGAGGCACAGUCAGGUGAAAAAUAUUUAGAGUUUCUUUGGAACCUUUUGCUUAAACCAGAGAUUCAGUGGAUUGUGUUAAUAAUCAGUGGGUCAAAUCAUGAGUGGUGUAGUUGAGUUAGAUAUUCUUUUAUGUAGACAAUAGGCUUAUCUUAUUACUGUUGUUUAUUAUGUACUGUAUGUCUUACAAGGCUUUGUAAAGACAUUUUAAUGAUGUGUAUUUCAUUUCAUGUGCAUUACUUUUUACGCAAUCCCAUUUUAUGAUAUUGUCAUUAUUGAACUAUAACUUUUUAUUUUCUUUAAUUUUUUUCUCAGUAUUUUUUAUCAUUAGACCUGAUACUGGCGUUAUGAUCUGCAUAUGUCAGUUAAAUGAUAAAAUGUAAGCAUAGUAUUAUUUUGUUUGAUUAAUUGAGCUUGCCAAGCCUGGGGUGCAAAUGUUGAAAGAUUUUUGGGAUUGGCCACUAUGGCCCUUUUUUCUGUACUGUGUCAAGGGGUCUUUCUGGAUUUCUUUUUCCAAAUAAAGCUUGAGUUAGGGGUU